GAAACCAUUGAAGAAAAUGGGUUCACUGUCACAACAGGCACACCCUCAUCGUUAAGACUUCCCCCGUAAGCUACAGCUGUGCACUGAUAACUUUUCAAUAAUUGAUCCACGUAUUGGCAGCAGCAGUUAUCAGCAACAGAGUAGUGCUCGUGUGUGGUUCCAGAUGCGGUGACAAUGGGCUGGGCUAUUGGUCGUUCUGCUGAUCACGGCGGCCAUCAACCUCCUGUAUAUUUUCGACACCAGCAAGAAGCUCUCAGACAAGGAUGCUGACAACAAUGUGGUCCAGAUGGAGGCUGAGGAGGGCGCUGUGAGCAAAGUCCAGCCGGGUCAGCAGCUGGCGCGGGUCAUUUCCAUCGAUGUAGUUUCCAGCCGUGAGAGUGUGUUUGUGGCCGUGGAUGGAACCACGUGUUAUGGCCAAGCGUGUGUUUGACACCUACAGUCAACAAGAGGACGAUGCCAUGGUGCUAUUUUUAAACAUGGUCUCAGAUGGACGUAUCCUUGUUUUUGCCAUCAAGGAUGAAGGGACGUUCCAGCUGAAAGGGCCGGCUAGGGAGUUCCUCAAGUCUCUGGGCAGUGUGGAGGUGACGGGUCUGGGCUACCGGGACAUGUGGGCCUUUGUGGCGGUCAAAGGUGGACAAAAGCUUGGGGAGGGCCACAGCAAGGCUCCUAACCUCAGCGCAUGGGGUGAGAAGGUGGAGGUCAAAGUUGAACUGCCACUCUCAGCUGCAGGAGAGGGUGAGUGCUCUUGGCCUGACAGUGAUGAGGCGAGGAGACGGAAAGCUUUCUGCAGCAAAGUGGAGGGCUAUGGCAGUGUUUGUAAGUGUGAUGGCCCGGCACCCAUCAGCUUUUCACCUCAGAAGCUUGUGAACAGUCAAAUUUUGGGCAUUCCAGUAGCUGUCAUUGCCAGUGACAGACCACACUACCUGUACAGAAUGUUGCAAACUCUUUUGUCCAUACCUGGUGCAGAUCCUAAGAUGGUCACAGUCUUUAUAGACGGCUAUUUUGAGGAGCCCUAUGCCGUGACCAGGCUGUUUGGUCUCCGAGGUAUACAGCACACACCUUUAGGUCUGAGGAAUGCCCGUAUAUCUCAGCACUACAAGGCCAGCAUGACUGCCACCUUUAACCUAUACCCAAAUGCUCAGUACGCCAUUGUGAUUGAGGAGGACCUCACAGUUUCUCCUGAUUUUUUCAAUUAUUUCAGUCAGACUAAGCACCUGUUGGAGCAGGACAACAGCUUAUAUUGCAUAUCUGCAUGGAAUGAUCAGGGCUAUGAGCACACAAGCAAAGACCCGACUCUGCUUUACCGUGUGGAGACCAUGCCGGGUCUUGGGUGGCUUCUCAAGCGGUCACUCUACAAGGAAGAGCUGGAGCCCAUGUGGCCUACACCAGAAAAGCAAUGGGACUGGGACAUGUGGAUGAGAAGUGGAGCGAUCCGUAAGAAUCGUGAAUGUGUCAUCCCUGACAUCAGUCGCACCUACCAUUUUGGCUCCAAGGGGCUCAACAUGAACCCGUAUUUCCAAGAAGUUUACUUCAAGAAACAUUCCUUGCAGGCGGAGGGUAACGUGAAGCUGAAAGAUGUGGACAGAAUGAAGAAAGAUGAGUACGAGAAGGUUGUUGCAGAGCUGAUAUCCCAAGCCCAACCUGUGGAUCACUCUGUGUCUCCAUGUGACCCCAACUUCAUCUCGGAUAACUUACCACCGAAUUCGAUGUUGUCCGUGUAUAUCUCCAUGGCAACACCAACUGACUUCAAUGUGUGGAAAACAGUGGCCAAAUGUCUGCACAUCUGGGACUUGGACGUUCGAGGUUUUCACAAGAGCAUGUGGCGCCUUUUCCUCAAAGGUCACCCAGUGCUUAUAAUCGGCAGUCCCGCAUCGCCGUACUCUGAUUCUAAACCGGCUGGGAUUGUGCCAAUUACUGCUGUAAAAGAAGCAGGAAAAGAGAAAAAGAGAUAGCAUACAAAGUAAUGUUGUUGAUCAAAUAUUUAUUUGUUGCAAUGUCUUCUGAGCUUGUUACUUCUGUAAAGUGAAGUCUGUAAUGUUGAAAAAGAUGAAUAUUUUGAUCACAUGUGGAAUCUUAUGCAACUUGACAAUGGGUCAAACGACAUGAGUCGAAAGGACUGCUGGUUUGACAACAAAAACAUUAGGGUGGAAAGUGUGAAAUUAAUUUUUUUAUUGCAGAGGAAAAUCGUGGUUAGAUGAUAAACAAAAGGCCUAAACAAACAAAUCCAGCUGUUUCAGGCUGGUGACUCUAAGCAGAUUUUGUGACUGUUUCUAAAUCAUAUGACUUGUUGAAAGUUUGUAUUUUAAUAGCGUAGUGAUAUUCAGCAUUUCAGGACUUUCACUCACUCAAGAAUAUUUCAGUGAAUGAUAAUUUCAUCUGUUUCUUGUAAAAGGAUUUAUUAUAUGUUUUAAAGGUACCUCAGAAGAGUAACAUUGCUGCAGAGUAUUUUUCCCCUGAAGCUAGGAGAGAGAGAAGUAAAAGAGAAAGACAUGAAGAGAUUGAAGGAGAGAGAGAGAGUGAAAGGGAGAGAAAGAGGGUGAAAGAGAGAAUGAAAGACAGAGAGAAAGGAGAGGAGGAGUGAGAAAGUAUGAGGUCAAGUAAACUUUUUGCGCUGCGGUGAUUGUUGAUACGAUAAAAGUUUUGGAGUGGGUUUUUUUCAUGUGUUGAUCAGUUAUAUAUGUGGAAAAAAUCUUGUGAGCAGUAAAUUUUGCUAAAAGAGAGGCCACUAUUAGAAAAACCUUUUUGAACUUAUUUUCAGAGGGUAUUUUCAGAUUUUUCUACUCUCAGAAAUCACCCCUUCAGCUUUAUGGCGUGACGUUGUGCCCUUUUGAGAGUAAUCGCUACCUCAUAGUCUCAUGCUGUGUGUAGCCCUAGGAAGUUGAAAAUAAUAGCGACUUGAUUCUAGAAGCUGAUAGUCUGCAUGUGGAAAGAAACCAAAUUUUACAGUUGAGUUAUACUGCUGUUUUCUCCCCCUCAUGCUUAACGUUAUGUUUUCUGAUUACCAGUAACAGAGACAGUGCAAAAUCAAUAACCUUUUUUUUUUCCAGAAGCAGGAACAAAAAUAGUAGCUUUUUUUCCUGCCCCCCCUGCGAAAAAUGAUUGUGUUGCUCAUAGAUUUCUUGAACUUGGUCAUCGAAAUGUUUCUCAGGUUUCAUAAUGGUUGUGUGCUGAAAGUUGUUUGCUAAAGGCCGGUGAAUAACACAACUUAAAGUUAUGGUCUUGACAUUUAUAUAUUUAAAUGCAACGACUCACUAAACUAUUGGUGCUGAAUGGAUGUUGAUUUGGAGAAAGAAAAAUGAUUGUUUGUAUGAAAAUGACUUAAUGUUGCUUGUACUGCAUGCUUUAAAUGUUUUCCUUUUUGUUUAUUAGAAGGUAAGCCUGGCUUAACCACAAACUGUUAAUUCCACUGUUAAUGUAACCAAAUCAGGAGUGAUUUGAUUGGCUGAAAAUCAUAAUUUUGUAUUCCCAGCUCCCACUCACAACAUUACUUUCCUAUAGUGGCUAAAAGAAUGUGUUCCUUUACAGUUAAGAGAUUUGUCUGAAUCCUGUUCUCUAAGUGGAUCCAUAUCUCUUAAGCCAAGCAGCAAGUACUGUCACUUUGAAACACAUGGUUGUAUAAAUACAGAAUUUUAACCAUAUGAGCCCAGCAUCAGGGCAUGAACCUUCAGUGCACGUGCAGCUGAUAUCACCAGGGACAACUGCCAGAUUUACAUCAGCACAUGUGUAAUGUUUAUCUUUUCAUUUGAAUUUGAUCUAUUAUUUUGUUUUUUCACUGGAAAGGUCAUUAUCUUAUUCUUAGCACCCAUGGGGUUUCACACUGACACUGAUUGCUGCAAAUAGUUUCUGAACAAUUUUUGUGAUGUUACUCCUUUUCCUAAAUAAUAAACAUGGCUCGUCCUGUGGACUUGCUGCGAAUCAUCAAAACCGAAUCUCCAUUGAUGGAAAUCCUCAACGUUUUGUUGAAAAUAUGUUUUCUUUCUCCCAGAUGUUUGAAUUUGUGCAUGAUUAUUAUCUAUGUUUGUUUAGUGAAAGUCAUUUUCUUGCUUUUGCUGUCUUCCUGGUUCAGUUUUCAUUUUGUGGUUUUGUUUGGUUGUCCUUUUGACUUAGGACAAACUCAAUCAUAUUCUUCUAUUUUUAGUAUAAUUGUAGCUUAGACAGGACUGUUGUGUUUGGAUGAAAGCGCAUGAGUUUAGGUAUAAAUGCAGAUCAUUAGUUUGCAUAGAUGUCGAGAGAAAAUGCCACCUACUGACACAAAAGUUUUGUGCAAUAAUGAAAACACUUUUAAGUAUCUGAGUGUAGAAGAGAUGUAUAUAUAAUGUAGUAACUACUUUUCUGGCUUUUCUUAAAGUGAUAUAAGCGGAUAACUGCAUUUUUAUAUGUUAUUGCAGUGACAAAUUUGUGCUAUUGCACUUUUCGGUUGUUUUUUUUCCUAUUGCUACUGACAGUAUGUGAGAUUCAAAAGGGAAAGUGGUUGGAGGGAGUCACUAGUACCUUGCACAUCUAUUGUUUGGGCCUGCUAUAUCAAUUUGUCUAUCUUGCUUUUUUCCUGCACUUAAUGACUAAUUUGCCUUAAUGUGCUCCACCUUACUCAAACUAAAAUUGAAACAAAAAAUCAUUGCUGUUUCAUACUACAAAUCCUUUACAUUUUAUCUAUGAGGCUUGUCUUUCUGUCUGAUUCAUUGGGCUUAUUUCUCCAUCAGUAAAUAUGUCUUUUGCCCAGAUGAGUUUGUAUAUAAUGAAUUAAAGCUCCUUACCACUCUUAUUUCACUUUUGCUUGAGUUGCAAUGUGGAUAAUCGAUGUUAUUUUUUAUUUUUACUGCAAACGCUUCUACUCUCUAGGGCAGGAUGUUUGACUAGUUACACCCAAAGGUAACAAGUUUCAGUCAGUUAGGUAUUGCUGAUGUUUUUAGAAAAAGUUUACUUUAAACAAAAUUUUCAUGGGGGUCUUUUUAUUUGUAUUCUUCUUCUUUUAUUUGGUCCCUAAAUUGGUAUCUUCUUACCAUGUUUUUGAGUCUUCAAUUUACUUUAAGGGAAGACGAGAGGGGACAGAAUCGACUGUAAAUCUCUUUGAUUUGUUUAUUUGCUGCUUCUCCGUUACCAUUCGAGAUAGAUGAUAAAAGUGUAGAAAUAAGAAUGGUGUGAACUAAUGUGUGUGUGUGUCAAAAGCUGAUCAUUCCAUUUUCUAUUGACACAUAAAUUGUUUGUUGUCUAUGGUUAUAUGAUUUUGGCCUUGACCACAAAGCUUCCAUCUACAACAGUACUGUAUCGUAGAUGGAAGGUUGUGGCCAUAGGCCUUAAACAAAUGUUUGCUCUUUCCGGUCAUGAGAAUGCGAUAAUACUGCUGUACUGUGUUGGCUGUUGGGGUUUAUUAAGAACAAUGUUAUGUCUUUCCACUACAGGGGAUGAUGUGGAGAGGUUAAGAGUAGGAGAUGUUAGCCAGGAAAUUUUGCUUGUACAUGGAUUUUUUUUUUCUUUCAAAUCAUGGUUCUAUCAUGCCAGCUAGCUAUUCAUAACUGAAUUGGACAAAGCUUGUCUGUAUUCAGAAUAUAACUUUUCUUUCUUUUUUUUUUAAAAGAGGAAAUCACUGAACCGUGUCAAUAGUAAGUGGUACCUGUACACUGAACCCUAAUCCUUUUUCUGUGUUUUUCUGAGACAUAAAGGGGUAAUUUGCUGUGUACGAUUGCAUGUUGAUCUCCAGACAGCAACUCUAUAUGUUGGUCUCUAUAUCAACGUGGCUGCACCCGUUCUUCUUGAUGCUGUAAGCUAAUUUUUUUUGUCUUUCAAAUAGAUCUGCUUUGAAGAAGGGUGUUUAGUGGGUUGGGUUGUUCUGUCAUUGCACUAGUCAUUUGUACAGGGUAGGUGUUGUUGGAAAUGCUUUGAGGCGUGGUUCAGUGUAUACAAACGUUCGAGAGUUUCUGUUUAGGAGUGUUCUUAUGUCAUAAUAUAUUCUUGUACUGCCAGUUGUUGUAAUCCUGAGCAGUAUACUGAAGGUGUUACCAAAAUGUAAUUGCUCCUGAAUUUUUCAAAUAAUUGCAGAUGGAAGGAAUUACAUUUUUUAAAAGCAAUUUUAAAGUUUCCAUCAGUGUUCAUCUUCAAAAUGUCAGCCAUGUCAUGUGGUUCUUAUAGUUGAUAAAAAUGGCUGACUCAUCAAGAACUUUGUAGUUUGGAUAUUUUCGUACCUUCAGAUUAAAUUGUGAUGGAUUUUUUCUACUUUAUUUUCCAUGUGUGAGAGCGAUGCCUUUGACAGCCCUUAGACUUACAGUUACAGAAAUAUUUUGAUAUUGUUCUUUCAUGAACUCUGUGUACCACCAGAACAUGAUAGUCUAACUUACUCACGAGGUGUCUUACCUUUCUCUUUAAAGUUUUGUUUUAUUUAUUUAUGGCAAUCAUUCGUCUUGUGUCAUGAAAACACAACAACUGCUUCCAGGUUUUGAACAGAUCUUAAAAUUGCUAAGGAUGCAAAGAUGCUUAUUAACCACCUCAAACUGUGCUAGAUGUUAAAUCCAGCUUCCUUUCUGCUUUCAUUUUUUUGUAAACCAUGUUUCAUCUUGUGAUGUCCUCCUUACUGCUGUUAACUGAAGUCUUUACUAGUACCUCAAAGCUUUUCAUCGCUAUGUUCAGAGCGAUUGAGAAGCUUUUAGGUGAACCAUGCUUUUUGACUUCCAUUAUUGUAUGAGUCACUUUUCUGUCUUCAUGAAAUACAGAAUCUGGCCAAGCUGAAAUGACUGGAACAAUUGGUAUGGUUGGGUAAUCGGCAUUUCAUGGAGCAAGAAAAGCAAAUUGCAGUGCAAAAUAUAUUUUUCUCCAUCUGUUCAGCUGUUGUCGGUCCAGGUAUAUAUCUGUUGUCGUGAUACACUCCAUUAACAGGAAAUAAAGAUACAGCAAAGCUAUGAUAUAAUGUACCCACUUCCAACCAGAAAGUGUGUGUGUGUGUGUGUGUGUGUGUUGCGUGCGUGCGUGCGUGCGUGCGUGUGUUGCUAAGUAUGCUGCUGCAGUGGUGAGUCACUAAAUUAUGCUAGGGCUUGAUACCUGGAAAGAAUUUGUGUGUGUGUGUGUGUGUGUUUGUGUGUGUGUGCAUGUGCGUGCGUGCCUGCAUGCGAGUUGCUAAUGUAUGCUGCUACAGUCUAGUGGUGAGUUACUAAAUUAUGCUGGGACUUGAAACCUGGAAAGAAUUUGUCUCCAAAUGAAGGCUAUGUCUGGAGUGAGUACUAUUAAGCAUUUACUAUAUGUUGUACAUAUAUAUAUAUAUGAACACUCACUUUUUUUAUCCAUAUAUUAAAUCACAAAAUAUAUAUAUAUAUAAAUAUGUUGCUCAGCUCAUAUCAUGUAGGGGCCUAAAGUUCUAAACCAGAGAAUCCUCAUUGAGUGAUACACAGGCAGACUUUAAAAAACUAUGACCAGCACUCUGUUUGAUGAAAUGAAUUUUAAAAAUUCCUCUCUGUUUUAUUGUCUCUCAGCUUCGACUCCUUUGGUUUGUGGAUUUCGGUCUCAAAAUGCUUGUUACUGGUUGUGGUUGUUGAAGACUAAAUUUAUAUUCCUUUAUGUAUGGUUUAACUGGUUUUGAGACACCCUGUACCCUAUUUAUGUACAUUUGGAAUGUACUUUGUACUCACCUCAUCAGUCAUUAUUCAUUUGCAUAAUCUGUGUAUUCAGUCGUUGUUUGAAAAUUAAGAACUGUUUUUUGCACCCAAUUUUGAUUAUUAUUUCCUAUUGUCAAAACAUCUUACAAGCGUUAUAGUAGUUUUACUAUGUGCUAUUUUUGUGCCAGUUUUAUUCGUCUGUUGAAUUCAGAAAACACUUCUCUUGUUUCCACAAUCAUUCAUAUUGGCAGGCACUUAAGCACAUAUGCUCACAUACCCACACGUACACAUGGAUGCACUUACACGCACACAUACAAAUAUAUAACCAUACUGUUAUGCCAAAUUUACUUAUGAUUCUCUGACAUAAUUUCCUUUCUACGCUUUUUAAGGCAAAUGAGAUAUAGGCUUAUAUGUAUAUAUAUAUAUAUAUAUAGGGAUGAGUCGUAUUAACUUUCCUUUCUAUCUUUUAAUUUUAAUCAUCCGGAAAGGAUAAUAUUAAUUAAAUUCACUUUGAUAAUCACAAACAUGUAUGGCAUAUGUGUUUUUGUUAGUAGAACUUGCCGAGGUAAAAAUCUCUCAGACUUUCUCAUAAUAAACUGCUAUGUUGUUGACCAAUUUGUGGAAAAAUUUUAUCCAACACUGAAGAGGAUUAAAAACUCACUCCCUUCUGAAAAUUCAACCUGUUUAUAACAAAACUUUCUGUUACCAUGAAGGCUCAGAGAUACGAAUUAUGCAGCUCUGAAUUUGAAAUAAAAAUCUCUUAAAAUUGAUCCUUUGAAAGAUAAAAUCGUUUGCUCUGGGAAUUAAGAUGAUGAAGAACGGACUGCAUUGGUUGGCAUUAAUUUAAAGUGUGACUCCUGUGACAUGAGUAAGAAAGGCAGAGGUUUCUUACUCAGAUUAAAUCCAAACCUCGCUCUAGCUUGUAUUUGUUUUUGAUAAACCCUGUUAGUCUUGAACUGCUGGCUAAAACUUCUCAUUAAGAACCAUACCGGUACUAUCCCACUUUAUGACACGAUACGGAUAAUGACUGCAAUGAGUGAUGUGUGCACAGAGGAGGAGAAAGAGAAGAAGGGAUAAAGUUGAGCACGGAUAACUCAAACGUAUCAGGGAUGGACAAAUGUGUUUGACAUAUCCAUAAUUUGGGUUAACAGAGAUAGAUAUUAAAGAGAUAUCGGUCAGAGAAUGUCAAACUGUGUAAACUAUCUGUGAUUUAGAGUUUUCUGUGUUUGUGUUAUGCGUGCCCAACUGUUUUUAGGUGCAUGAGUGGAUGAUGUCAUGGAUGGGGAACAAAAAAGGGUAGUCAUUUGGUCUCCUCUUUCUUCUUCCAAAGGCCUUAAAUGUUUUUUGAACUAUGGAAAAUACAUGUAAAUACAGUUUAGCUUGCAUGUAUAGGGAACACACACAUUGCGAACACACACACAGCAAAAAUGCACAUAGUGAUCAGAUAUUCAAGUUCCCAAUUUAAAAAAAAUACAUGUAUAUUCUUUGUAUCAAAAACACGUACGUACAGUGCACAGCAAAAUUCAUGAAAAAAUGUCCAUGUCCUGCAGGUUUUGCUGUGUGCUUAUUAAAUAUUAGACUAUAUUGCAAUGAUUAAAGCUGUGCGUAAUAUUAUUAUCAUACUAUUUCUCCAUUCUUUUGUAUGACUGAGUUUUUAAAAAUGCAUUUUCUCUUUUCCAAGCCAAAGAUAUUGAACAUGUUCUGCAAAUUUAUGCUUCUAGCAUGAUUUUUUAAAGCUUUUGAUUUGUUUUUGGUUUUGUGGCUUCGUAGGACACUCUGUUAUAUCUAUUGAUCUCCUCUCCCUUUCUUCAAUCUCCAUUUUGACUGAUACACAGAUGUACAGACAUGCAUAUCUAUAUAGAUACCAGUCCACAUUCCCGUGCAUAGAUAUAUGCAGGCAGACAUUCUAAAAGAUGUGUAUUUUAAAUACACUCUUUAUUACCGUAACCAUACAUGCACGUCAGUGCCCACAUGCACCUAUAAGUACACAAACAAAUUAAUACAGAUUUGCCCCCCCCCCCCCCCCUCUCUCUCUCUCUCUCUCUCUCUCUCACACACACACACACACAUGGGCACUUUAUGGUAUAAUGCACAAACAUGAGCACAUUAUAUUCAGUUCUCUUGAACAUGUAAAGAAUCCAUUUGUUUGAAAUAGCCUUGGGAAGGACAUUGUUCUUUCCUUGUUCAUAAUGAGUCUCUUUUUAUUAUUACUUUAGAUUAAGUGCACAGUCCCAAUUGAAUUCAUUUGAUUGUGUUGGGGCCAACCGUAAUUUUUCUCCAUAAACAGGCAAACACCACCAUUUUGGCACAAUUUGACAUCUCUAAGUUCAGUUUUGACCUUCAAAAUGAAACAUGUCUGUUUUUCAAAGUCACGAUUUGAAUCACUUAUAUUGUACCAAAGUAGCAGGUUUUGCCCCUCCAUAGGGGAAAAAUCUUAUUGGCCCUGAUACAAUUUUCAUGAAUUCAAUUGACUGGGCGCGCUGGGAAUUAAUAAUUAAGAGCUCGCCUAUGCUUGUAUCCCGUUUUUUUCCCAAGGCUUACCAAGUCAAAAUGAGAAUAUAUUACCAUCUCAUGUGAUGAAAACCGUAAACGAAAAGUUGUUCUCUUUCUUGAAAUGAAAAUCUUGAGUAUGAGAUGAAAGUUUCAAAGUACAGUCGAACCUGUUCAAGAGGACCGCCCAUUGACGAGGAGAAAAAUUGUCAUCUUAGGCAUGUGGUCCUCUUGGGCAGCGUCUUUAUAAUGUAGAACAAAACACAAGGGGGAAGUUUUGGUCGUUUUUACAGAUGAUUGCCUUGGACACGUGACCGUUAAAACAGGUUCGACUGUAUUUCCACUUGAUACGAAACUGAAUGAAAAAAAUGUCAACGAUUUUUUAAAUGAGAAUUAUGUGUACAAGAUGAAAGUUUUGGAGUAUAUGUGCUCGUUUCUUGCAUUUGAAAAUUAGAAUGCAACUUGAAUUAAGUAAGCAAAAAUCCCACAAACCAUGUUGUUCAGUGUAGAUGAUGUCGGUGCUGGCAUUUAAAAAAUCCUUUUACUUACACACUUACAUUGUCAAGACAACUUUGAUGAUCAUCCCAUAAUAUAUUUUAAUCACAAUGCUGGUCUUAUACAUUGAUGAAAACAGCAAGAAAGAAUGGAAGGAAGAGUUAAGGAAAUGGAAAGAGAUGGUAGUUUGUGUGUACAAUGAUGUAUGGUUUCUGUGAGCGUGUUUCUCUGAAGGUAGAAGUGACUGGUGUGGUUUAUAUCUCUCUUACUCCUAGGUAAUCCUGUGUAAAUCUUGCUUAUAUACUAUGCGAUUCCUAAGAAGUAAGAAAUUUGUGAAAGGAUUAUGUGUGUCAUGUGGAUGUAGCUUGAGGUUUUAUAUACGAUACUUGUACAUGAUGUUUAUGUGAAAGGUUAUCUCAAAUAAAUGCGUUGUAUGCACUCAGCACA